ACCUCUACUGUGAGGACACUCUCAUGGCUCCAGAACAGAAGAGUAAUGGGAUGGGCAACUAUGGUUUUGCUGUUGAUGGGGUGGUAAAUAAUUUCUGUGGGUUGCCAGAUGAGCAGAUUGCAGACUUAUCAGAUGAGGACAGCAGGAAUAAACUGUCUUACUGUGUAACAGAUAUACCUCCCUGGUAUCUAUGUAUCAUUCUGGGAAUUCAGCACUGUUUGACUGCAUUUGGUGGGAUCAUUGCCAUCCCAUUGAUCCUGUCUCAGGGACUGUGUCUGCAGCAUGACGGGCUCACUCAGAGUCACCUGAUCAGCACCAUCUUCUUUGUUUCAGGGAUAUGUACCUUACUGCAAGUAACCUUGGGUAUCAGGCUUCCUAUCCUUCAAGGUGGGACAUUUACUCUUCUGGCUCCUUCAAUGGCUUUGCUGUCCAUGCCUGAAUGGGCAUGUCCUGCCUGGACCCAGAAUGCCACCCUCAUCAACACAUCCUCUCCUGAGUUCAUCCAUGUUUGGCAGACUCGCAUGCAGGUGCUCCAGGGUUCCAUCAUGGUGGGGUCUUUGUUCCAGAUGCUGGUGGGCUUCUCUGGUCUCAUUGGCCUGUUCAUGUUUUUCAUUGGACCCCUGACCAUUGCUCCCACCAUCUCCCUCACUGGCUUGUCACUGUUCGACUCCGCUGGCAGGAAUGCAGGGAACCACUGGGGCAUCUCUGCCAUGACGACAUUCUUGAUUGUGCUGUUCUCUCAGUAUCUCCGCCACAUUGCCAUUCCUGUCCCCACGUACAGCAAAGCCAAGAAAUUUCACACCUCCAGGAUGUACAUCUUUCAGAUUCUUCCUGUGCUCCUGGGAAUCACAGUUUCAUGGCUCAUCUGCUACCUUCUGACCAUCUAUAAUGUCCUACCAUCUGACCCUGAGCAGUAUGGUUAUCUGGCCCGCACUGACACUAAGGGAGAUGUGACAGGGAGUGCACCCUGGUUUAGGUUUCCGUAUCCAGGUCAGUGGGGCUUACCAUCUGUGAGUCUGGCAGGGGUGUUGGGAAUCCUAGGGGGGGUCAUAUCCUCAAUAAUUGAGUCCAUAGGUGACUACCAUGCCUGUGCCAGGUUAUCUGGUGCCCCACCCCCACCAAAACAUGCCAUCAACAGGGGGAUUGGCAUGGAAGGCCUGGGUUGUCUGCUGGCAGGUGCUUGGGGCACAGGCAAUGGAACAACCUCCUACAGCGAAAAUGUAGGUGCACUGGGCAUCACUAAGGUUGGCAGUCGCUGGGUGAUUGUUGCAAGUGGCUUCAUUAUGAUCAUAAUUGGAAUGUUUGGGAAAAUUGGAGCCAUUUUUACCACUAUCCCUACACCUGUCAUUGGAGGGAUGUUUUUAGUCAUGUUUGGUGUCAUAACUGCAGCUGGAGUCUCAAAUCUACAGUACGCAGAUAUGAACUCCUCUCGUAACAUUUUCAUCUUUGGAUUCUCAAUGUUCAUGGGGCUUGUCAUUCCAAAUUGGGUAAUAAAAAAUCCUUCUGUCAUAGCAACAGGUGUGGUGGAGUUGGAUCAGGUGUUUCAAGUUUUAUUGACAACCAGCAUGUUUGUGGGAGGGUUCAUCGGAUUCAUUCUUGAUAACACCAUCCCUGGGACAAAAUGUGAGCGUGGUAUUAUUGCAUGGACCAAAGCUUAUGAAGACACAAGUGAGAGCUGCCUAGAGAAUGAUGAGGUCUAUGGCCUUCCCUGGGGCCUCAGCUCCUGUCUCUCCUCCUACGUCUGGGUGCGAUGGUUACCUUUCUGCCCCUCACAUAAAGCCAAAGAAGAGAAUACAUCACCUAGCAGCUCAGGCUUCCAGGGAAAGAAGCCUUGUAACGAUGACACACAUAGUAUAGUGGCAGUAGCACUAUAAAAUAAAUAAUCAGUAAUCUGUGAUAAGAAUAUUUUUGGGUCAGCGGUCUUUUAUUGAAAUCUGUCUGCUUAUAUCUACUUAUAUGUUUUGUGAUGUACCUGCCCAGAUGUAAAAGGGUGAAGUGUGGGUGCAGUUAGCACUAUUAAAUGAUCAGCUGACUUAGGCUUACACUUACACUUAAUUUUCAGACUUAUUACUAUUGUACAAAUCCGAUUUUCCUGGUGUUACUUUUCUUUAAAUAAAGGUGGAUAAACAUGUUUUAAAUAUAAAU